AUGUCCAAAAGCCUGCUAGAAGCAUCUGCGAUUGUGGAUGUAACGAUGAUACUAACAGCCUUUUUAGAAACCACCCCCUCCACUGUCAGCACGUUUCUUGAAUCUACACACAACUCUCAUCAGCCCGCUCAAUCUACAUACAGUCCUUCCUCUAGUACAUUAGCAGUCGGCAACGAAAAUAAUUUGACAUCAGCAUCUAAAGCGGUCACGCAGGGUACAUUUCUGGAUCCGUCGAAAGCUCAAAAUCGCCCUUCUCAGCCAACCUUUCACAUCGAACUGGAAGAACAGGCAGUACCGACGAAAAGAACGAAGGUACUUCAAUCAAAGCCUGUAAAGCAGUCUACUCCUAUUUCCAAAUCAGCUUCCAACCCGGAAGGAAGCAAGGCAGACGGGAAGAAGACUGCGGAAGACAGCAUAGGAGGGCCCGAAUACUCCGAAAUAAAGUCUGCAGCAAAGCCUACAAUGAUUACACGAUCUUCGAAGGACAAGAUUUCGCUCGACAAACCUGCAAACCCGAGCACUUCAAAACCAAACGAACCCUCUGAGCAAGCAAUUUCAAAGGAACCUCCAUUGCCACCUCUUCCACCAUCUACAAGCGCAGAAACUGAUAGGCGUGAGGCCCCAAAAACGGCCGCAGCAACAGAGCCGCCGGUAGUCCUGAACGCGGAUGAAUCUGUGGCAACACAGGGGACUGUCAUCAAUGAUCGGACAGUUCACCAAGAAGCUCAAGAUCAUGACGUUGCGAUGCCAGAUGCACCACCCGUACCCUCGGCAAGAGAAACGACGACGCAGGACACGGCACAUGAAUUAGCUCAAGUGCAACUGAAUCUUCCUCCUCCCCCACCACGUAACGGCCACGAAGUCACAAAUAGUAAUAAUCCCAAUGAAAGACAUCAAUGGCUUCUGCCGCCGUUGCAACCAAAUUUGAAAGGCAAGAAGUGCUUAGUCUUGGACUUGGAUGAAACCCUUGUUCAUAGUAGUUUCAAGAUGUUACACCAAGCCGACUUCACGAUACCUGUCGAGAUUGAAGGGCAGUUACAUAAUGUUUAUGUCAUCAAAAGACCUGGGGUAGAUCAAUUCAUGAAAAGAAUAGGGGAGCUUUAUGAGGUUGUAGUUUUCACAGCCUCGGUAUCAAAGUAUGGAGAUCCACUUCUAGAUCAGCUUGACAUACAUAAAGUCGUCCACCACCGGCUCUUCAGAGAAAGUUGCUACCACCACCAAGGCAAUUACGUCAAGGAUCUCUCCCAGGUUGGUCGUGAGCUCAAAGAAAUAAUUAUCAUCGACAACUCGCCAACAUCCUACAUUUUCCACCCACAACAUGCCGUCCCCAUAAGUAGCUGGUUCUCGGACGCUCACGACAAUGAACUUCUUGACCUCAUACCGGUCUUAGAGGACCUGGCCGGCGGUGCCGUCAGAGAUGUCAGUAUGGUCCUCGACGUAUCGUUAUGA